AUGUUCCAAUCGACCCUGAACCGUCCCUACCGCAACAUCCUCGCCAUCUCCCUGUUCCUCAUCUGCCACUCCCUCAGCACCAACGGCGUCCUCGCCUCCCCGGCUGGCCGCGCCCGCCACAUCUAUGCUCCUCCCCCACCGGUGCAUCCAUCUCCCUCCUAUUCCCCCGCCAUCCUUUACAAUGCGGCGACAGCCUCAAACACCAUCAUCGGUCCCGUCCUGCUCGAUCUAGACGCCGUGGUAGCAGCAGAGGCGCGGUCGACGGGGCGGGUGCCGGUAGUGCUGCCGGCCAACGGCAUCCCCUCGGCACGCUUCGAAGGGGAGGGCAUACCGACCGCCCGCAACGAGCAGCGCGUGGACCCCGCGUCCGCCGCCACCGCCACCGCACGAGGCGGACAGCCGGCGCCGACGUGGGGCGUGACCGUGACCGAAGGCAGCCACAGCUACAUCCGACAAUCGCCGACCUAUGUCCCCGUGGCGAGCACGACCUGCUCGGCGACCAUCUGCAAGGAUUACAUGAACCUGUCUUGCUCUGAUAUGAGAUAUGGCGGAUGCUGGAACAUGUGUGUCGAGGACCGCAAGUAUCUGGCUCCGGACUGCGUCGAGACUCCGGCUCCUGCAGCGGAUGCUGGCACUGCAAAGCCAACAGCAGCACCGAUGGCCCUGGCGACUCCAACGGCAGCAGCGUGA